CGCUGUUUCCGUUUCCGCUUCGACCAGCAACCGAGUUCGCGGCGAUCAACUGUGUAGAACCGCGAACGUCGUUUCACGACCCGUCAAAAUGGUUAAAUGAUCGUUGGUGCUCACCAAAUUUCUAGUAUAAGAUUCGUCAUUGUCGCAACGAGGGAAACGGAACGGAGUUACCAGCACAUGCGUCUCCCCGAUUCUUUCGCUCAGCCACGCGCGCAAAUGGAUGUUCCCGCGGUGUGUUUUCGAGUUAUGCUCGUCCAUUCGUUUAAAAUGUCACAAAGUAGCCGUGAAUUAUUACCAUUACUGUGAAAUGCGGUAAACAGCUGGUAGAAUGCCGUCCAUCGUUCCACGAAACUCAUGUCGCAGCUGAGCCAGACUCCGUCCGAGGAGGCCACGUUGGAAGCCCGCGGUUACAAGUUGGUGAGAAAGCUCGGCGAAGGUUGCUAUGCGAAGGUAUACCUGGCCGAGUACAAACCGGAGCAAGAGACCGACCACAAUAGCAUCUUGGCCUGCAAGAUCAUCGAUACCACGAAUGCACCGAAAAACGUCGUCAAGAAGUUCCUGCCGCGUGAACUGGACAUCCUGGUGAAGCUGAAUCACCCGCACGUCGUACAUGUGCAUAGCAUCUUCCAAAGGCGCACCAAAUAUUUUAUAUUCAUGCGCUUUGCCGAGAACGGCGACCUCUUCGACUUCAUGCUGAAGAACGGCCCGGUGGCGGAGAGUCAGGCGCGCGUGUGGUUUAGACAGCUUGCUCUAGGUCUUCAGUACCUGCACGAGAUGGAGAUAGCGCACCGCGACAUGAAAUGCGAGAACGUGCUGCUAACGUCCAACUACAAUGUGAAGCUAGCGGAUUUCGGAUUCGCCCGCUACACGGUCGACGGACGUGGUAAGCGUGUACUUAGCGACACGUACUGCGGCUCGUUGUCCUACGUGGCUCCAGAGAUCCUGCGCAGCUUCCCGUACAACCCAAAGAUAUCCGACAUCUGGUCGCUGGGCGUGAUCUUGUACAUCCUGUUGAACAAGGCGAUGCCCUUCAACGAGACCAAUAUUAAGCGGCUGUACGAGGAGCAGAUAACGCGCAAGUGGAGGUUUCGUCGCAAAGUGAUGGACACUGUGACUGAUCACGUGAAGAAGCUCGUGAGCAACAUGCUGGAGCCGGACGUGUCGAAACGCUGGCAUUUGGACCAGAUCGUCCAGAGUGACUGGAUCGCGAUGGAUCCGCGUCUGCUGGUGCUCACGCCCGCGGAGCAGGCCGCGUUGAACAACGCGAUCGAGGAGCGCAAGAGACACGAGGAGAAAUUCUCUAAGAGGAGCUCAAUACUAAUGCCGAGCCUCGUACGAUCGUUACUUUUGAACGUUCAUAAGUUGAGCUGCCUCUUUCUGUCGUUUAUGUCGUACGUCACGCUGAGCAGAUCGCUGGCGAUCGUCCACUUGAUGUACACGCACAUCUUGUCGUAUAUCCGACAGCAAAAUUCCCAUCAAGCUUCGUAAUAAUAAUAAUAAUAAUAAU